AUGUGGGACACAUGUUACCGCGCUGCCGAGCGAGUAUCGGCGGACACCGCUGCCAAGACUGGGUCGGAGGCAUCUCAAGCCUCUCACGCCGCUCACGCUGGCGCCAGCGGCGUUCGCGGCGCUGCUCUCAGGUUACCUCGUGUUGCCUAUCACACCAUGCCCAAAGCACGCCAUGCAUCGGGCGUCCCGUUCAGAGUAUCGACCAGCAUGGAUACCUCUGAGCUCGUCGUAGACUUGGAGUCGAACUCCUCCAGCCAAACACUUACGACAGCGGGACUGAACUGGGGGGCGAAGAAGGUCAGUUCACAGGUGAUCGAAUGUUAUGACCUCAGGGCGUUCAUCAGAAGUACCGAUUGGUUGUCGAGCAUCCCUGGCUGGGCGGCGAUGAGUAAUGUCGAGAACCGGAACAUGCCUAGCACACAGCGAUAG